GUUCGGAUAGUUAUCCGCGACCAACCGAACAUUACGGAGUACGAAAACAAUAAUGUAUUAAUUCCAAUAAACCAUAAAACUUUAAAAUUUAAUAAUAAAUAUACAGAUUUAAUAAUAAUUAUAACAAUAAUAAUAAUUAAAAAAAAAAGCAUUGUGUUUACCAACAAAGGAUUUGUAAUUUCGGAUUAUAAUAAUGGUGAAUUAUAAAUUAACUGACGUCUAGUGAGUCGUCCAGGUGAUUCGUCAUCUCCAACAACAGCUUGUAUUUACGAGUAGUGUGGAGAGUUAAACAACCAAACAAUUAUAGUUUUAUAAUAAUACACACUAUCCAAUGAUACUCUGACGUAUUUGACAUUUACUGAGAUUGUGGUAGAGCAACAUGUGGAGUCCAACACACGUCCAGGUAACAGUUCAAAGGGCACGAGGAUUGUUAACAAAAGGAAAACAUAAGACUAACGACUGCUUCGUGACAAUCGGACUUGGCAAGGAGAAAUAUCAAACGUCAGUUAAAGAGAAGGCCAGCGAGAAUGUUGAGUGGCACGAAGAAUGCGAACUCCAGAUUCCUUCACAGGGCAAUACGGCGGAAAUUGUCCUCACUGCUCUUCAUCGUAACUUCCUGGGCGUCGACGAGUUCUUAGGAAUGGUCACCGUUCCAUUAUCGAGUUUCGAUGUUUACGAAAGACCGAGAAAUAGAUGGUAUAGCCUUGGUAGUAAACCCGGAAAAGAAAAUACAAAAGAACGCGGUGAGCUUGAAGUUAAAAUAGGUUUUAUUGUUAAAGCCGGCAGUCUUACCGAUUUAACGCGUAAAGAACGUCAUAAAAGUUCACUGGGUCAGCUGUCAACGGCAGCUCACUCGAUUGGUGGCAGUCUUCUAAGUAUUGGUAGUUUGGAGAAACGUAAGGGCUUGAAAAAAUUAGCUAAAUCCAUCGGGAAUCGUGUUAAAGGCAAGAGUAAACAUAAAUUGGACCAUGAACAUGAGUUUGAUGAAGUUGAAGAACAUCAAAUUAGGCCGACUAGGCAGGAACCUGGUGAAGCUGAUCCUGGUGUUAUUAGUGAAGAUGAUGAUGAAUUUACGUUUGAUGAUUUAUCACACAAAAGUUCAGCUUCAUCUCUCAAUGCUCCAGUAUCAAGUGGCUUAACGUCUGGUUAUUCCAGCAAUUCAACAACGCAAAGUUCACGAACAACGGAUUUAAAUAUAUUAUCAACACCCACAAAUCCAGCUCCGAAUAAGCCGCCUCGUUUUAGCACGGGCUCUAAUUUAAACUCAUCAUUAUCUUCAAAUAAUUUUACUGGUAACAAUAAUAACAUCAACAAUAAUAAUAAUAUUAACAACAAUAAUGAAGCCGAACAAGAUGAAUGGGGUCGAAAACUUUAUGGAUUACAAUCGUCGAAUAUAAGUAAUAAAAAAUGGGAUAAUAAAUUAACUCCUAAAAUAGUAAUAGAUCAAGCGAAAGAUAAUCGUGAAUUGACGACAUCAUCAGUAAAUUUAUCGCCAUCAACAACGACGACAACAAUGAGAUUUCGUGAUACUCCAGAACCACCGAGCCCUGCGCCACGUGAAAUAAUUCAAGUUAAACGUACUAAUAAAGACGAUAAAAUAAGUAUGAAAGAUCGUAAUUCGAAAGAAGAAAAACAGUUGAUUAGUGGAAGUAUUGGUGGUGGUAGAGAUCGUAGUCCUAAUGUUAAGGACGAUAAAGCGGGCAAUAAAAGUCAAAAGGAUGAUAAAAUAUCUAAGAAAGAUAAAAAGAAUAGAGACAAAGAAUUACUUAAGGGUAAAGAUAUCAAUGAGGAAGUUAAAUUAUCUUCCGAGAGAAUUAUUAUUGGCGGUGAAGAUGCUACUAAAAAUAAUAUGGGAGUAAAAAGUCGACUUCCUCAUGAGGUUCUUGCACAGUUUGACGGUAAAACACGUGAGGAUCUCAUUGAGAUGGCUUUACAAUUGCAAACAGAAGUUAAUGAUAAAAAACGACGACUAGCUGAUCUCGAAGAUUACAUCGACUCCCUUUUACUCCGAGUUAUUGAAACUUCACCGCGGAUAUUACAAAAUCCCUACUCGAAUAACCGCCGUUUAUUAUAAUACUUAUGAGAAAUAAAUUUCAAAACUUAAUCAAAUCUUCCGAUUACCGCAGUUAAAUUGAUA